AUGGACUUAAUUGUUUUUAAUCGAAAUCGUGAAAAGUUGGCUGCUGCACAAGAAAACCGCGCUUUGAAAUCUGGUUUACAGAACAGUACAAUUUGUAGUGAUCCAGAUGAAAUGGAAGUUGAAGGUAAAAGAGUUGGGUUAAAUUCUGCUGAAGUUGAAGAGCUUGUACGUCAUUAUCUACUGCAAAUGGUUGAGAGCAAGGGACAAAAAACAUCGGAAGAGUUAACUUGUGGGUUGAGCUUAUUCACUACACGUGAACUUGAACGUGGACUCAGACGGUACGUAGAUCGAGGUAUUUCUGAUGCUAUAAAUCAUACCUCAUCGUCUAUUUUAAAUAAGGCUAUUCGACAUCUUAGAAUGCGUAAAGCUCCGGAAGAACGUAUUGUUACUGAUAUUUUUUCCUUUUGCUGUACUCGAAGUGCUAAUUCUACACAAACUGAGGACAGUGAUAAAGAAGAAAACGAAGAUAAUUUUAGCCCCAUUAAACCACCUAGUUGUCCAAAAUUAGAAACUACAACAAAUACUAGAUCAACGGAACUACAGGAAUUGCAGUGGAGUUUGGAGGAAGAUGAAAGUGAACAAAUACCGAUGCAUAACAAUCUAACUCCGGAAAAAGUUCAGGUAAACAAAGUCAGUGUUAAAGCAACAUUACAGACAAAACGACCUAACAAUAAAAGGUCUGUGCCUGGCUGUCAACUUAUACUACAAACAGAUGAUUUUGAAUUUGAUUCAGACAAGGAUGAGGCAACAACUUUAGCGAACAUGGUUGAAGACGUUUCCACCGACGACGACACAAAAUACCCAUUGAAUCCACCGACUAAGGCAUUGCCAAAAACUGGUCGAAGUGGACGUGGGCGAGGUGUAAAUAAUGCUGUAACUUCUAGUGGUUCACUCAGAGGCAAAAGAAAUAAUCGUAGAGCUGGAUCACAACAGAUGAAUAAUGAUAGUGAUGCUCAUCUUGAUUUCGAUUUUCGUCGAAAGCGUAGAAAAGUUGACUGAGAGUUGAUUUUUGUAGUUUAUUUUCGAAUUUAUCACUCAUAUUUCUUUAUUUUCAUUUUACCAAUAUAACUGAGUAUUUUUUCAAACUGAAAAUCACUUGUUUAUAUUAUAAGAGAUUUUUCUGAAAUUAAAUUACUUGAAUCGUACUUUAUGUAUUUAUUUUAUUUAAGAG